UGAGCUCGUGUCGUCACAUCCGGGCAGCCCGACUCUCAGUAACCAAAACACACGUUCACGUUCACAGCAACGGCGGACCACUUCCACAGAAAGUUCAUCAACUUAAGCCGAAUUACUCAACAUGGCGACUAAGAAGAAGCGAACGCCAACGGUGCAACAUGGCAGUUGGGUCGCCAUAGCUGCGGAUUCGACCAUCGACACACAGAACCACGACAGUGACCCGGCCUUCGUGAGACUGAGGAACCCGUCCACAGAUGCAGCAUCCUUAUACAUGCUGAGUAGCGGUGACGUGCAGCUGUUUGAGGUCAAAGCGUUUGAAGAAGAUUUCCACUCCUGGUUUGUUGGCCAGACGGUACAGAGAGAUGGGAGACUUCUCUUUGUAACACCGAUGGAUCCUCUCUAUCUAAUUAUGCCCUAUUUGAUCAAAUAUGGCAAAGAGGAGAAGUUCCAGCCUGUGGAUCAAGUGGUCAUGGAUGAGGAAUUCCCAGCAUGCUCGAGGCUGCUGAGCUGCACUCGUUCCCUGGCCUCCCUGCACCACAUCGCCGAGGAAAAAGCGGUGGGACAACAGACGUUUUACCGGUACAGUCCGGAGAAGACGAUGAAUUGGUUGAAGAAAAAGGUGGAGAGGACGGUCGGCGUGCUCAAGGCGAGAAGCGUCUCUGUGGGAGGAGGAGUCAAAUCCACCACAUACAUCCGGGUGAAGUCUGAGUCGGGCGACGAGGACUACCGACGCUACGCCCACGGCCUGAUAUCAGAGUACGUCAGCGAAGACCUGAGCAAAGAACUCCUCAAGCACCUGCAGUUACCAGAGCUCGCCAGCCCAAAGGAGACAGAGCCUCCUUCCAAGAAGCGUAAACUUUCAGACAAACCGGUGGAGGCCGAAGAGGACUACACCAAAUUCAACAGUGCAGACUUCACGCGCAAACCGCCCAAGAAGAUGACUGCGGCUCAGAAAUCUCUGGCUAAGGGGGACAAGACCGGCAUGAAGACGAUGUCCUCCUUCUUCAGUGGCCAAGGUCAAAGGCAGAAAAGAAAAUGACAGUGUAUAGCUUCUGGUUUUGUAUAGGGAAACGUUUUGUAAUAAAAUAAAUGCAUUUGAAAUUUGA